AUGUCCUUCUUCAGGCGGAAAGGUAGGGGGGUGGCGGGCGGGCGGCCGCCGGGCUCGUCCCCCGCGCGGCUGCCGGGCCCCGGCCCUGCCCCUCCGGGCACCGGCACCGCCGCCGCGCCCCGCGAGGACGCGCGGGCCCUGAGGAGCGGCGUCCCCGCCAAUGACGUGAAAGGCAAAGAACAAGAAAAGACCACAGAUGUGAAAGCAAUUAAAACUGCAGUCCCAGUACAUUCCCCCCAGAGAAGCACCAGGAAUCAUGCCUUGCUGGAGGCUGCAGGACCAAGCCAUGUGGCCAUCAACGCCAUCUCUGCCAACAUGGACUCCUUCUCCAGCAGCCGCACAGCUGCCCUCAAGAAGCAGCCAAGUCACAUGGAAGCUGCUCACUUUGGAGACUUAGGCAGAUCGUGUCUGAACUACCAGGCUCAAGAGACCAAAUCAAGCCUUUCCAAGACCCUUGAACAAGUCCUGCAGGACAGUGUAGCCCUCCCUUACUUCAUCCAGUUCAUGGAGCUGCGCAGGAUGGAGCACCUGGUGAAAUUCUGGCUGGAGGCCGAGAGCUUCCACUCCACCACGUGGUCGCGCAUCCGCGCCCACAGCCUGAACACGGUGAAGCAGAGCUCCCUGGCAGAGCCAGUGUCCCCCUGCAAGCAGCAGGAGUUGGGCUCCUCUCCCCCUGCUGCCAGCCUGGAGGAGAGGCUGGAGCUCUCCAAGCCCCACAGAACUGCCAGCAGCCAGAACCACGCGGGGCUGCUGGGGCAGGACAGCCACGGCACCAGGGCUCUGCCCCGGGGCACGGCAGAGCCUGGGACUCACCCUCUUCCAGAUGAUCAGCCAGAAUCUUCCAAGCUUUCAGUAUCAAAUAGAAACAGCCCCUCCUCUGCACUAAAGGACUUGUCAGGAAAACUCAUGAAAAGUAUAGAACGGGAUGCAGUUAGUACUUUUACCAAAUAUAUUUCUCCAGAUGCUGCUAAACCCAUCCCUAUUACAGAAGCAAUGAGAAAUGACAUAGUUGCAAAGAUCUGUGGGGAGGAUGGCCAGGUGGAUCCCAACUGCUUUGUUACAGCCCAGUCCAUAGUGUUCAAUGCAAUGGAACAAGAGCACUUUAGUGAAUUCCUGCGGAGUCACCAUUUCUGUAAAUACCAGAUUGAGGUGCUGACCAGUGGGACUGUGUAUCUGGCUGACAUUCUGUUCUGUGAGUCAGCCCUCUUCUACUUCUCUGAGUACAUGGAGAAGGAAGAUGCAGUUAAUGUCCUGCAGUUCUGGUUGGCAGCAGAUAACUUCCAGUCUCAGCUUGCUGCCAAAGAAGGCCAGUAUGAUGGGCAAGAAGCACAGAAUGAUGCCAUGAUUUUGUAUGACAAGUACUUCUCCCUGCAGGCCACGCACCCUCUGGGCUUUGAUGACUCUGUGAGGCUGGAGAUUGAAUCCAACAUCUGCAGGGAGGGGGGGCCUCUCCCCAACUGCUUCACCACUCCCUUGAGGCAGGCCUGGACAACCAUGGAGACGGUUUUCCUACCUGGAUUCUUGUCCAGCAACCUUUACUACAAAUACUUGAAUGACCUCAUCCAUUCAGUCCGAGGAGAUGAAUUCCCAGGAGGGAACAUUGCACUGAGUGUCCAUGGCCCUGGCAGCUCUCCUGACAGUGAUUCCAUGGGGAGCACGGAUGGCUCUGCCUCCCAGUCCAAUGUCAAAAAGGCUAAUGUUAAAAUCCUGAAAAAUUUUGAUGAAGCAAUAAUUGUAGAUGCUGCAAGUCUGGAUCCAGAAUCUUUGUAUCAACGAACAUAUGCAGGGAAGAUGACAUUUGGAAGAGUCAGUGACCUGGGGCAGUUCAUCAGAGAAUCUGAACCAGAGCCUGAUGUCAAAAAAUCAAAAGGGUCCAUGUUUUCACAAGCAAUGAAGAAAUGGGUUCAAGGAAAUACAGAUGAGGCUCAAGAAGAGAUGGCUUGGAGGAUAGCAAAGAUGAUUGUCAACGACGUGAUGCAGCAGGCGCAGUGUGAGCAGCCCAUGGAGAAGGUCACCAAGCUAUGAUUUUAGAAACUCCAGGACAGGAAAUCUGGUUUUCCACUUUGAGAAGAGCGAACUUUCCCUAUUGGUGGAUUCUUUAACACAGCCAAUAAAAACAAAGCACUGCUACUCCAACCACUGGAAUCCCCUCAUUUCUGAGGAAGAAUGAAGAAGAAGCAAUCCUGGACCUCCACUGUAGAGAGUGAAGAAACACUUCUGCCUGGUGUAUGAGGCAUUCACAGAAAUGAUGGUUCUGAGAUGAAGAUGCAGUUUACAAAUGUGUCACUGAGGAACUGUCAUUGACUUCACAAAUACUUGACCCUGUCUCACAAAAAGACUUUCAAGCAAAAUAUCUGCAAUGGGACACACAGGCCACAACAGAGGGGAAGGUUUUGCUGUAGUUUCUGGUUCUACUGCUUGUAAUUUUUAAACACAGAGUUGGAAGGGCUGUGGGGCAAAUCCAUGGGCAGUGAAUGACCUGGGAAGUUCUAAGUUUAAUUUUCCGUUACUUGAAAUAGAUGAGUAUUCAAGUGUAAGAUAAAUGUAUUUUACUUCAUACCUGCAUUAACUCUGAAGGCAGUGUAGAAGGGUCAGGAACUCCUCCUUGCUGAGCUCCUACACCUGCACACACACACACAUCUCCCCUGCUUCCACCACAGAGCAGAGCCAAGGCUGGUCCUGCAGCCCCUCUGCUCCCACCUUGGACCCUGCAGUGCUCCACUCCUGUCCUCACCAUCCAUGAGCAAGGAAAAAAGGAAUUGCUGCCACUCUCCAUCGCUUGUUGUCCUCCACCCAACGUAGGAUCUAAUUCCAGAUGUUUGGUUUACAAAGAAAAACAGUUUUUAAUGACCUCUGGCCUUCUUCCUGACACUGUCCACACUUACCAUGUUACACAGCACCUCCUUUUUUUCCCCCAGCAAAUCGAUUUUGCAGGGUAGCAGAAGUACUCAGUGUCUCACCCUUAUGUUACUGCUGCAUUUUUAGUAUACAACACUUUUAUUUUGGGUCUUAUUUUUAACUCUAAUGAUUGCUUUUCUCCUCAAACUUGUGCAAAGAAAUCACUAUGCGAAGAACUCAAAUCAUUUCCAAUGUUCAGAAUAUCUUGAUUGACUAGAAAGUGUUAUUCUGUUGCAAUAUUUGAUUGUAUAGAGACACACUGUAUUGUUAUGAAAAAGCAAAAAAGGCUGUGUAUAGGUUUUUGGUACUAUGUACCACCUCUUAUUUCUCUCAUACCCAAGCAUUCAUGUACUUAAAACAUACUAUAUUUAAUUGUGUUUUGAUUUAAAAUAUAUAAAUAUUAAAAUUUGUGUCGAUUUUCUGUUUUCAUGGGGUUUGAAGUUACAUGGGAUGGGGUUUUUAAUGUAAGUUUUAGGGUUCAUUUUGCCCUCAUUUCUUAAUAGAUUAUGUUAAUGGCAGUGUGGUGAAUAAGAUUAAUUCUUAUUUAAAUAGUAAAUAAGUUGUUCAAUCACAGGACAUGGCAGAAGUUCGAUUGGAAAAGUGUAAAGGGGCAGGGGUUGGUCGUGAUGUAUUGAACCACAUUAAACUCUUGCCUAUUU